UAUUCUGCAAAUAUUUGAAAAUUUGACCUGGCAUCACUGAAGUUUACUUUAUUUAUGUUUAUCCAGUAGUUUACCUCUGUGGCUAGGUUAUCAGUUAUCACGUUUUCAUCUAAAAAGGUUUACAGAUGAAUUAUGAUCGAUACUACCCAUAUUGUAAGCGCGAUUGCUGUAUUUACAUCGUUCCUUGUUGGAUAUAAAUUCGGCAACAAAAGCAUCGCCAAGAAUGCCACAGGAAAUUCCAUUCCAACGUCAUCUGAUAAGAAGGAAGAAAACAUUUUCUCGGAUUUUGGCGGUGAGUAUAAGAUGAUCCUGGUAGUACGAAAUGAUCUCAAAAUGGGCAAGGGAAAGAUAGCAGCUCAAUGUGGCCAUGCUUCUGUUGGGGCAUAUGAAGGAGCACUCAACAAAACCCCAUCGAUCCUACGGAAAUGGCAACGCAGCGGCCAAGCCAAAAUAGCGGUCAAGGUGGAAAAUGAACAGCAGUUAAUGGAAAUCUAUAGGAACGCCAAAGCGAAUAACCUCAAUUGCUGUCUGAUUCGUGACGCCGGUAGAACGCAGAUAGAGCCGAACAGUAAAACGGUAUUAGCUAUUGGACCGGCACCGAAUGAAAUUAUUGAUAUGAUUACUGGGCAUUUAAAGUUGUUAUAAGAUGAUCAAAUAAAUAAAAAAAGUGUGACAACUAUAA